UCGUGCCCAAGAACAAGGUCAAUGAGGAGGCGAAGAAGCGGCGCGCGCACCUCGUCACGCAGCCAUCGAGAAGAACAUCAGGCUGAAGCCUAAGGAAUACGUCUACAAGCAACAACUCGUGGUGAACCUCCCGAGAAAUCAGCUGGCGGUGUACCGAGUGCCGCCCAAGACGCUCAUCUCGGACGUGCUCACGAUGGUGUGCAAGGACCGCUGCCUCGACCUCGACAACCACGAGAUUCGACAUCCAGUGAACGUGGACGAGAAACUACGCGGCAGCUGCACCCUCGCCGACUACCAGCUGCAGGAGGUGUGUGUGGUGCCGCGGGACUUCCGAGCCCCACCGCUGUCCGUCACCGACCUCAUCACCAUGGCGGCCAUCUCGCACCCGGAGGACAAGAAGCGACGGACGCUCCUCUCGCUCUUCUCGAGGAAGACCAAAUCCUCGACGGGUGACAGCAGCUUGUCGUCAGGCAGCGCGGGCGAACGAAGCGUCAGCCCCGCCCGCUCUGACGAAUCGGCUGACGGGCGGCCGACCCCCCGCCCACUCUCCCCGGCCUCGUCCUCCGCCACCCUCACCUCCAGCCACCCGCCGCCGCCCCUCUCCCGGCCCGCCUCCUCGCUCAACCUCGCCCGGGCCAGGAAGAGGCAGGCCCCCGCGCCCCCGCCCGCAGCCCCUCCGCCCGCAGCCGCGCCGCCCGCGCACCACACCAAUGGCAAGGCGGAGAGCGAGCGGCGAGAGGGCGUGGGAAGCAGCCUAUCGCGGCGCAGUUCGGACUCGUCAGGGUACCACGAGUCGGAGCACAGGUCGCCUCACACCAGCCCCGCCGGCUCCGAGAUCAGCAGUCUGGAAACGAGCCGCGGGCCGGGCGCCGCCGCGACCAACCUCACGUCGGUGGUGUCGACGUCCAGCCUGUCCCUGGCCUCCUCCCGGGGCAAGAGGCGCGCCCCGCCGCCCCCGAAGCCCGCCCCCGCCAAGCACGACGAGGCGCGCCCCUCGGCCAUCCCCGAGGAGGCGGAAACCCCCGUGCCGGCCAAGGCCUCCGAGGAAGCCGCGAAACCUCGAGUGAACGGAGAAGCCGAGCCCGCCUCUCCCCCUCCUCCUCCACCCCAGCCCGGAGGCCCCCCCUCCUCCCCCACCUCGUCCCACGUGAGCUCCGUCUCGUCCCUGAGUAGCGUAGAGCACCAGCAGGCGUCCAGCCCCCUCCUGCCUCCUCCGCCAGACGUAGAGUGCCCUCCUCCUCCUCCCCCUCCAGCCUCCGCCUCAGACUGCACUAACUCUGGCGCCUCCUUCAACGCCUCCCGUCCUCCUUCCUCCAAAGCCUCCGAUCUCGGAAUGACACCUUCCCGUAGCCACUCCGCUUCCACCUCCUCUUCCUCCUCCUCCUCCUCCUCUUCGUCCUCCUUUUCCAACACUCCUUCCCCCACCACCGCACGUGCUACUGUUGCUGCCAGAGUCAGCCCGGGAAUGCAGCACGAGGCAGCAUCAGCAGCAGCCGCAUCACCAGCAAGCCUGAGCAACGGCAGUGGAGCAAGUGGAGUCAUCUCUCCUGACAGGUUAGCGGCGCCCGAGGGCCGUCUUCAGCCCCGCCCGCAGGAACCGCAGCGCCGCCUGUUCUCCUCCUCGCCGGCGCAUCCGGAAGACAAUCGCAAAAGGCACGCCCCUGAGGACGCGGCCAGGACUGAAGACAGCCACCCUAGCAAGAGCGCCAAGCAGCAAGGCAGCAGCCGAGACAGCUCUGGCGCCAGUGCGAAAAGUGCCAAACAGUACCCUGAGGAUGCUAUAGUGCCACUGAGUGCCAAUGUGGAGAAUGCAUCAAAUAUUCCUAUGUUUAGGAUCGUCACCAAGUCACAAACAAUAGUACAACAAGAUGAUGAUAUAAAUAAGAAGUUCAUAGCCGAUGGAAAGACGCAGAAAAUUAAAGAAGAAGACUGGCUUGGCUCGAAAGGAAAAGCCUCAUUGGCCGGGAGAGGCAACCCGCUAGCCCGAGGACAGCUCCUGAAACAAGAGAAUGUGUCUUUCGAUGAAGAUGACGAUGAUAUGGAUUUCAACGAAGACAUGUUUGCGCCAAAACAUGCAUUAGGAAACUCCACCAACCAAAGUAUGGAGUGGAGAGAUUUUAGCGACCAGUCUUUUGGAGGUGGACCCCCGCCAGCUUCCUCGACCCCAGUGGAUAAGUCGACUCCGGAGCCAGUCCCCAGAAAGACGACCCCGGCCAUGCUACAGAAGCCCGCCACGCCCAGCAAGCCAGAGCGGUUUGACACACUCGCUUCCACAGCAAACCGGACGAUCGGUAGUGGUAUGAAUUCAUCCUUUGAAGGUGGCAUUACUGUGGAGAAUGUCGAAACGCCACCCAUGCCUGCACCCAGAAAUACGGUCUCUCGGAAAAAGAGAGCGCCGCCGCCGCCUCCUGUGUCCAAAGUGAAAGUGCCUGAUACUGUACAACAAGAUCAGGUGGUUCCUAGCGUGCCGAAACAGCAGGUGCUUAACCCCUCUUUGGAACUUUCUGUGAGACCAAAGUACAGUGAACUCCCAACCAGUUCUCGGCCACAGCAUGCAGAAGCCGAAGACUUCGACAGAAUCAUGAACGAACCACAAGACGAAGAAUUCAAGAUCCAUGUAUCGAGCCUAGUAGAUAUCCAACCAGACCAGCUCUCGCUGCUGACAGAAGUAGAUGUUGAUUCCCCGUCCUGCUGUCGAUCCCCAGCAUCUAGUGUCUCCUCAAGAGAGUCUGGAGUCCCAAAGAGAAGUAUUGAGAUGGACAUACUUUAUCCUGAUAAUGAUGUAGACGUGAAGUCCAUAAGUAGUGCAUCAAGCGCGUCGUUCCACAGCUCCUCCCCAACGCCCCCACCUGCCGCCCCCGCCGCCGCAAUUCCCUCCCAGACAACGGCUAGUAGUUACCGUGCCGGAUACCUCGCUCUGAUCUCGCAGCUCAGAAGCUGGGACAACACAGAGUCUCUUCAGACUGCUGGCUUAGACUCCUCUGACUCUCAUAGCAGCACCCCUCGAGGGUCCCUCCAAGACACCCCCGCACGAGAGGGCUCGCCUCAGAGGCCCUCCGAGGACGCCUCUCAAGGGUCACCCUCCUCCCGUGGAGGGGCGCAUCGUGGGCCUUCUACACGACCUCGACUUGUCUCCAGCUCUUCUCUGUGCUCAGAUACAGAUCAUGAGGUACAGACUCGCACUGCCAGCUUCUCCUCAGAGACGAGUGAGGAUAAUGUUGUCAGCAGUAGAGUGGAGUCGACCUGCACCCCGAGCGAAGAGUCUCUCGAGCCGAAAACAGACGAAAAGAACCUCCAAGAUGUCGCCAAGAACCUCGUGAAUGAAGCAGCCCCGCCCGACAAGGGAGAGACGGGUUCGCCCACAGAAAGGCUAAGUCGCAGAAGUAGUAUUAGCAGCGCGGGCGAGGAUGGCCGGGCGCACGUCGGCGAGAAAAUCCUUGCUUCAGAAUCCGCGACUUUGGAAGCCACCCAGCCCGAGGCGAACGAUGUUACCAAACCCCAAGACUUCACGACGAGAGACUCUGGCUCCUCACAGUCCGAACGGGACUCUGAUGGAGACAGUCGGGGAGAUCGCAUGCAAGAGCUCAUCGGAGAAACGCCGCAAGAUGGCAUUAGAGAAGAAAAAACAAGAGAGGAAGUGGAAACGGAGGUGCUGGAGAUGCCCAAGCUGACCGCGAAUAUCCCGAAGGAAACCAAGGAUAUUCCUAAUGGAUCGGUGGAUAGCUCCUCGGACAUCAGUAGUGACAAACACGUCAUCGCCGCCACGGGGAGCAGAAAGACCUCCGUGUCGUCGAUGUCAUCCGCUUCGUCAGGAGAUUCGAGCGGACAGACGGAACGCGAGAGGCUGAGCGCGCGGGAGGCACAGGAGAAGUCCAAGAAAGCGAUCGAGAGCCACCUAGAGGCGGCCUUUGCCGAUCUGGACGAGGAGAACGGCCCCGCCCCUGCACCUGGCGUCUCGGUGCCGCCCCUGGAGUGCGUCAGCCCCAAGGAGCCGCAAGUGGACACGUGGGAGUACAAGAUCCCAGACCCCCCCACGCCGUUCAAGGACGGGCCGGCGUCGAAGCUCACGGACGAGUCGUCGAGCAUGUCCUCGGACGGCCCGGAGAUCCUCUCCGAUGUCCCCUCGGGCUUCAAGGACUCGCCCGCCAGCUCCAUCGUCGAGGCAAGGAAUCCAAUCGAGGUGAAUAAUGUGCCCAAGCUGCUGAAGGUUGCUGGGGACACGACAGACUCCGCCAGCACCGCCUCCAGCAGGAGGAGCUCCACCUCCAGCGUCUCGACGUCUUCCAAUAAGUUCGACGAGAGGUCGAAGCAGAGCGUCAUCAACGAGCUGAAGACGACGCUCAAGGAGACCAACAACAACGAGCCUCGAAUCAUCGAGCUCAAGCCCAAGGCCAAGGCGGUGGACGCGACCCUGCCGGCGCCGAAGGAGAUCCCAGCCCCGGAGACGAAGGUGGAGGUGUUGCCGGCGCGAGCCAACUUCCCGGUGGACCACUCGUUCGUCCCUCGAGUCGUCGCCAAGUUGCCCCCGGCCACCAGCGAGCCUCGCCUCGUCCUGGACCACACCCUGAUCUCCAAGCCGAGGUUGGACUCGCUGUCCAGUUACGAGAGCUGCAACACGCCCGAACCCCGCGACGUGUCCGACUCGGACGCCAGCGCUCGGGACAGGUCGGGCUCGAGCACCAGCUACGAGAGCGCGCCGCCGCCCGUGCCCGAGGCUCCCCUGCCCUCGGAAUCCGAGACUGAGCGGAAGCUAUCGCGGUCGUCCUCCGACGCUAGCGACCUGGGGCGUCGGCACGACUCCGAGAGCUUAGACGACUACGGCCUCACCAUAGCGCCGGUCAUGAAGUUCUCCAUCUCGACGUACAGGUCGCGGGCCGAGGAGACCAGCUACGACAAGAAGAUUACCAAAUCGGAGUCCUUCAGCCACCUGGCAAGGCCCAAGAUGGACGGCGCGAAGGGCCAGUUGCUGAAGGCCGAGUCCAUGUCGGCGCUCACCCGGCCGGAGGAGGCGGAGCACGCCAUCAGGACCAUCCCCGAGGUCAAGGAGGAAGCGACGGCCGACAAGCCCGCCGACGCCGCCCCCGCCCCGCCCGCCGCCGUUCCCGAGAAGCCCACUCCGCCAGAGAAGCCAGUCAUCAUUGAAGCCACGCUGAAGCCGUCGCAGCUGUUCGCCAAGCCGGUACCGCCGAGCAAGCCGUCGUCCCUUGCGUCAGGGCAGCCUCUGGGCCGCAUCAACAGCUUCAGCGACAGGCCGGGCAUCUACCGCACCAGCAGCAUCGAGGGCCGCUUCGUGACACCUGAUCCCUUCCGCCCUCCGCGCAGGCUGCAGCGGUCAGACAGCCAGGAGCAGCUGGGCCGAGCCAACUCCAUGCACAACCUGGCCACGCCCAACUUCGACCUGAGGAAGGCGCAGUCGUCAUACGACAUCUAUUCCGGUAAGUACCUGACAACGAGCUAA